AUGCCUAUAUUUGAUCUAAAAACCGAUGAUCAAAUUAAGGAAUUUAUGCAAGAUGAAAGAAAAAAUCAUAAUAAACCGUAUGUAGAAUUAAGUCGUCGUAUUCCUAAAUACUCUCCCAAACAAAUAUGUCAUAGGUGGAACUACAAACUUAACCCUCGCCUAACGGAUGGUCCUUUCACGCAGGAAGAAAAGGAAUUCAUCUAUAAAUGGGGAAAAAAUAAUAAAAACUUCUUCGGCGAAAUUAAAUGGUCUCAUUGCCAAAGGGCAAUGGAGAAAAAAUUCAAUAAAUUCCGUGCUGUCAAUAGGAUUCUAGGAAUGUGGCUCACACAUUUUAAACGCAGAGAACGUCGUGUCAAAACAUAUAAUUUUCCUGGCACUAGCGUUAUUGACUUUUCUAAUGUCUAUAAUCAUCCACAUGUCAAACAACCCGAUACUAGUACUACCACUAUUGUCUCUAAUGUCCCGCUUCUUCGAUUUCGUCCUCCUCGUUUACCAACUCUUAUUCCUAAUUUUCAACCAGAAAUGAAUCUUCCGAAAAUGAUGCCAUUGUUUUAA